CGCCGCCAGCCUCCGCGGCGUGCGUCUCCUUAUAUGGUCAAAUGACACGGCGGGGCUUCUCCGGGGCGGGAGCCGCUCUGGGCUCCACUCGGCCGGCUGCGGAGCCGCCGCCACCAGCCGCCCGCCGCCGCCGCCCCGUCCGGGUGCCCCUCUAACCCAGUUUGAUGAUGCGUGUAGCUGCCUUCCAGGGCAGCGAACUUGCGGCCUGCACUCCCUCGUACCUAUUUUGAGAGGUGCAUUACACUGAGAGGCCACUUCCUCAAGAUGACCAUCUGGAAAAAUGCAGGUGCUUUCUCUAGUGACCAAGAGCUGGGUCUUCUGGGAAACUAGGCUGACACUUUGACUUUGGGGUUGUUGAAAAGCCAGGUGUCAAAAUGACCGAGCGCUUUGACUGCCAGCAUUGCAAGGAAUCUCUCUUUGGCAAGAAGUACCUCCUGAGAGAGGAAAGCCCCUACUGCGUGCCGUGCUUUGAGAACAUCUAUGCCAACACCUGCGAGGAGUGUGCGAAGCCCAUUGGCUGCGACUGCAAGGACUUGUCCUACAAGGACCGGCACUGGCACGAGGCCUGCUUCCACUGCUCGCAGUGCAAGAGCUCGCUGGUGGACAGACCGUUUGCUGCCAAGGAGGACCAGCUGCUCUGUACGGACUGCUAUUCCCACGAGUACUCGUCCAAGUGCCAGGAAUGCAAGAAGACCAUCAUGCCAGGUACUCGCAAGAUGGAGUACAAGGGCAGCAGCUGGCAUGAGACCUGCUUCAUCUGCCACCGCUGCCAGCAGCCAAUUGGAACCAAGAGUUUCAUCCCCAAAGACAACCAGAAUUUCUGUGUGCCUUGCUAUGAGAAACAACAUGCCCUGCAGUGUGUGCAGUGCAAAAAGCCCAUCACCACGGGAGGGGUCACUUACCGGGAGCAGCCGUGGCACAAGGAGUGCUUUGUGUGUACCGCCUGCAAGAAGCAGCUGUCCGGCCAGCGCUUCACAGCUCGGGAUGAGUUCGCCUACUGCCUGAGCUGCUUCUGUGACUUGUAUGCCAAGAAGUGUGCUGGCUGCACCAACCCCAUCAGCGGACUUGGUGGCACAAAGUACAUCUCCUUCGAGGAACGGCAGUGGCACAACGACUGCUUUAACUGUAAGAAGUGCUCCCUGUCACUGGUGGGGCGCGGCUUCCUCACAGAAAGGGAUGACAUCCUGUGCCCUGACUGUGGGAAGGACAUCUGAAGUCAACACAGGCACAUUCCUGCUUGUGAUCUCACACACAGAUUUAUGUAUUUUCUUUCUCAACAAGGCAGUGUUGUGCUCUGGUUUCCACCAGCCAUGUCGAAACUUUCCCCUGAUACUCACACUUGUUUAAACUCUUUCAUGCUUUGUACUAGCUCAGUCCUGGGGAAGGGGAAAACCCUUGUGUAAACCCUAGAUGGGAAGAUGAUUUGCAAUUUUUGUAAUCAAGUAAGGCAAACCCAAGUGUAAAAAUCCUUCUGAAUGAUGUCUUUAUAAAUGUAUCUUUCUUUUCACUGUGUAUUUAAUUUUUAAGUGCAAUUAACACAUGUCACGAACUUGAAAGUUUUCCUAACUAUAUAAGGUAAUGAAGAAUUGGUAUUUACAGCUCUGUAACUUCUUAUCAUGUAAAACCUAAAGCAAGAUCAUGUGACUUACAAUAAAGCUGUUCAGAACAAAA